AUGAACGGGCCUAAAACACGGCCCAUAAUUGAAAAGCCCACUGAUUUACCCAAAGCUAUAAUUUACACUUCUCGUCAUGUUCUUCCUGGUGAAGCAGAUCACAAAAGUACGAUGACAAUGAAGCUGCGGUUGAGACGUCACGAGACUAGAGAAACCCUAAAACUUGAAUUAGCCGAUACGAGCACCCUCAAUGAUCUCCGGCGAAGGAUCAAUGCAUCGGUGCCUUCCUCCGUUCAUCUAUCUCUUAACCGUAAGGACGAGCUCCUCGCGCCUUCGCCGGAGGAGGAUACGCUCCGAUCGCUCGGUGUAACAUCCGGUGACCUCAUUUACUACUCUCUCGAUCGCUCUGCCUUUUUUGCAUCUGUUGAAGAGAUCGGAAUAAUCGCCUCGUCGGCAGAGGCACAUCAAUCCCUUGCUCCAAAUGACGACGGCGAAUCGGGAGGAUCUGGAACAACCUUAGGUCCACAAUCAGAGAAGAAUCAGGCUUUUGUUCACGAUUCGAUGGGUAUUGGAUUCGCGGCGACCGAUGUAGAUAUGAAAAUCGAAGAUCAAUCGAAAACCGAUGAAGAUUCAGGGGAAGGAUCAUCAUCCACCGGGAAAGAAAAUUCGUGUUCAGAGCCGAUGGAUGUAGAUCAGUUUGAUGUGGAGUUAGCUGCCGCCGGAAGCAAAAGGUUAAGCGAACCAUUCUUCUUGAAAAAGAUAUUGCUUGAGAAAUCUGGUGAUACAUGUGAGUUUACUAUCUUGGCUAUGUCAGUCCACGCCGUGAUGUUGGAAUCUGGGUUUGUGCUGUACAAUCAUGGCUCUGAUAAGUUUAGCUUUUCAAAAGAGUUGCUUUCGGUAUCCCUCAGGUAUACUUUGCCUGAGCUAAUCACCGGCAACGAUACCGAUAUCGAGUCUGUUACCGUGAACUUUCAGAGCUUUGGGUAUUUGGUUUUAGUUCACGGAAGUCUAAGUGGGUACAAGGGCCAAAGGGUUUCUCUUGAUAAGCGUAGGUUUGUGCCUGUGAUGGAUCUUGUUUUAGAUACUUUGAAGUCUGACAAGCAAGGCUCAUCGAGCAUCUACCGUGAGGUGUUCAUGUUCUGGAGAAUGGUGAAAGAUGGUCUUGCGAUCCCGUUGUUGAUUGGUCUCUGCGAUAAAGCCGGCUUGGAACUUCCACCUUGCUUGAUGCGUUUACCAACAGAGCUAAAGCUGAAGAUAGUAGAGUCGCUCCCCGGCGCGAGUGUUGCGAGGAUGGCUUGCGUUUGUACAGAGAUGCGGUAUCUGGCUUCAGACAACGACUUGUGGAAACAGAGGUGUUUGGUAGAAGCUAAGCAUGUUGCUGUGAACGGGUCCGGUGAUUCGGUUAAUUGGAAGGAGAAAUUCGCCGCGUUUUGGAGGCAGCACGUUCGACGACUGUCCAUGGCCAGACGAACCUCGCGAAACACUAGAUUGAUAAGAGAACGCGUGGCUUUUCCUGGGAUCAUUAGAGAGCCUGACACUUUCGGAUGGUUUAAUGGGAAUCACUUGCAUGGAGCCACCGGCCGGAGACAACCGGCAAGGCGGCUCGGCGGACGAGGAUGGGGGCGUGGCUUUAGUCCCAGAUGCAAUCUUGGAGGAUACAACCAGCACGGGGGCGAGGAUGGGGACGAGCUUUGA